AUGACUGAGCUAGUAUGUGGCACAGAACAAAGAAAGAAACUUGAAGCCGUUUCCUUGUCAAACGAUACCAUCAGCUCCAGAAUUAUUGACCUUUCUAAUAAUAUUCUGAAACAAGUAAUGGAGGAACUUAAAGCAUCACCAUUUCCAUUUAGCAUGCAACUGGAUGAAAGCACAGAUGUCUCUCAGUGUGCCCAGCUUCUUGUAUAUGUUCGUUAUAUGCACGCUGAUGCAAUUAAAGAAGAAUUCCUAUUUUGCGAGCCUCUCUCAGAAACUACAAAGGCUGCAGACGUAUUAGAGAUGGUGAACAAUUUCUUUGCCAAACAAGACUUCAAUUGGAAGAGAAAUAUUGGUAGUUUGUGUACCGACGGAGCGCCUGCAAUGCUUGGAAAAACCUCAGGGUUUGCUUCGUUGGUAAAGAAAGCUCCUCACAUCAUUGUGACUCAUUGCUUUCUACAUCGACAUGCAUUGGCAUCAAAAACUCUAUCACCAGCUUUAAAAGAAAUUUUGUCUGUUUCUGUAAAGAUCGUCAACUUUGUCAGAGCUCGAGCUUUAAACAAUCGUAUAUUCAAAAGACUUUGCCAAGAAAUGGGUGCACAACAUGAAGUACUUUUGUACCACACUGAAGUUCGCUGGCUUUCGAGAGGUCAAGUUUUGAAGCGUUUGAUGGAACUGAGAAAGGAAGUUUCAUUCUUCUUACGAGAAAAACAAAAUCCUCUAUCAGUGCAAUUUGACAGAAAGGAGUUUCUUUAUGGCUUAGCUUACUUGGCAGAUAUUUUCGGUCAUUUGAAUGAAGUAAAUCUGUCAUUUCAAGGACCAGAUGUAACGAUUAUGGACGUUACAGAAAGACUGCAGGCUUUUCAAGCAAAGCUUCCUUUGUGGAAAAGAAGACUUGAGACAGACAACUUUGCCAACUUCCCAAUGCUGGAGGAAGUGAUCUCUCAAACUCGAAUCGAUAAUACUGAAGCCCUGCUUUCCUCUCUACGUGGAAAUAUGUGCGAAAAUUUAGACAGAUUGCAGCAAUUAUUUGAAAGUUAUUGCUCACAUGAUCCGAAUUUUGAAUUGUGGAUUCGCAACCCAUUUCUUGCAGAUCUAAAUUCUAUUGGUGAUGACGAUCUUGCCAAAGAUGACCUCAUUGAGUUGAGGACAAUGCAAAUGCUAAGGAGCGAAUUCAAUUCAAAGAACCUUGCAGAAUUUUGGUGUUCCUUGGCACAAGCGUAUCCUCGCCUGGUGAAGAGAGCCAUGGUUGCUCUUAUUCCUUUUGCUACUACCUACCUCUGUGAGGCAGGGUUUUCUGCUCUUCUUGCUAUCAAAACGAAACAGCGAAAUCGGUUGGAUGCUAAGGAUAACAUGCGUGUGGCCCUGGCAAAAACCGUCCCACAAUUUCGUGUUCUUGUUGAAGAUAAGCAGGAACAACCUUCGCAUUGA